AGUCCUUGGUGAGUUUGUAUUGUUUUUUGUGCCACAAAAUGAGAAGGUUAAUACUAACGUUAGGCAUGUUUUUGAUUUUCUUUGGAGUCGAAGCCAAACCGACUUUGGACGAGGAAAGACGAAAUCUAUGUGAAGGAGAAUCUAACCUCGCCGAAUGCAUCAAAGAGGUAGAAGAAGCGAAAGCAACUCCGGCAUCUUUAUUACUAACAGAAAAUGAAGAUACUGAAGAGAAUAAAGGUGAAGAGCACGCUGACAACCAUUAUGAAAUUAUGAGGAAACAAGAAGAAUUAAUCAAAAAAAUGGUGACAGAAGAUGACAAGAACCGUGAUUACUGGGAUGAGGAAUAUAAAAGUAUGAACAAAUGGGCCAGAUAUGGAAUAGCCUGAACUAUGUUACUUAAAUUUUUACGUCUUAAAAACAAUCAUGCGAGGUUUACACGAAGUUCCACRAGAGGAAUGGAAAACGCCUUGGGCGAGGGGAAAAUAUUAAGUACACUCUGUUAGUAAAGAAUGUCACCAUUUCUUGCUUAAUUCGAGAAUUUAAGUUGGCUGAUACUAUGCAAAGAGUGAUCAUUGCUUUGGCUGUGUCAUGUUUCCCCUUGCAAGCACAAUGCUAUGUUACUAAACUCAUCUAGUCUAACAUUGGAGUAAAAUCUAUUUUGUUCUUA